AUGGCGGCUGAGAGUGGUAGUGUUAGGUCAAUGAAUCCAGGGUUCCUUCAUCUUCAGAAGCUCGCCCUCGAGCUCAAAUGUCCUCUCUGCUUAAACUUUCUGAAGAAGCCCAAUUUGCUGCCUUGCGAUCACAUCUUCUGCGGGUCGUGCCUCCUCGAGUCCAAGCAGUUAGCCGUGGGAUGCCCUUCCUGUAAAGCUCCCUAUGCUGAUGAAGAUACUAGGCAUCUACCUUUCAUAGAGAACCUUGUUACUAUCUACAAAGGAUUGGAUGCUGCUCUUCGUGUCACUGCAAUGCAGUCCGUUGGUUAUGAUUCCAAAACUCUGGACAGCAAAGAGGAGUCUCUUAAAGCUAGCUUCAACCACAACAUUCAUGCAAGAAGUUGCUCAUUUUCACCAAUGAGCAAGAAAUUGUAUCCACUUCCAUCAACUUCUGUUGGAAGUGUGGGUAGAGAGAAUGGCUUGUCAGAUAAGUGUAGUGUGCCUCGGGGCUUAGAAAAUAACAAUAAAAACACAGUCGAACAUGGUGGGCGCAAAGCUAAACCAAAUGCCCAGUCUCCACCUGUAAAUUCUCGGACAAGAACCCAAUGGUUGGAAGAUAAUGGAACUGCAAUUCAUGUAGACCAGUUGUCACUUUGUAGUCCUUCAUUUGGUGAUGUCAAGAAUUCUGAGAAUGACAGUAAUGAUCAAGGUGGUGAAGAUACUCCACAAAAUCAUACCAUAGCAUUGGCCAAGCAAAAUUCUGUUGACAAUCAAAGACUGGUGGGACAUGACAGCUCUGCUUCUGGCUCUUCUGAGGAACUUAUGAGAAAUUCUAAGAGACAAAGGUUGAACUACAGUUUAGAAGAUACAACCUUUCAUAAGGCUGGUCCUUCUGAGCCAAGAGGUUCUCAAGUUGAAAAGCUGGAAACUUCUGAUGUUCGCAAUCAUGCAACAUCAAAUCAGCUGUCCGCAGCAAAAACUGUCUGUAGGUUUUGUCAGUCCUCUAACGUCUCAGUGAAAACUGGCCCACUGUUGCAUUUCCUAAAUGGGAAUCAGAUUGAAGGACAUGAAGCUACCUUGUCCACUGCAUUGCAUGUUCACAAGAUUUGUAUCGAUUGGGCACCUAAGGUAUACUUUGUUGAUGAUACUAUUCAGAACCUGAAGGAAGAGUUGGCUCGGGGUGCAAAACUUAAGUGCAGUAAAUGCGGGAAAAAGGGAGCAGCACUAGGUUGCUAUGUCGAAUCUUGCAGGAAAAGUUAUCAUGCUCCCUGUGCAAUGGAAAUCUCUGGAUGCAGAUGGGAUUUUGAUAAUUACCUUCUAUUUUGUCCUGGCCAUUCUUCUCACAAAUUUCCAGACGAGAAGUCCAAGCGUGUGAAACAGAAGUUGAAAGUUGAUCAGAAUUCAAACGAUGAUCCUGAGUUGGCUAAAACAGCCUCGGAGCAGUUAAAUCCUUGGCUAGGUUCAAAUAAUUGGCUUUUCUGUGGAUCUGCUCUUUCUGCUGAAGAGAAGUGUAUGCUAGUGGAGUUUGGCAACAAAAUUGAUGUUCCAGUGACGAAAUUUUGGAGACCGGAUGUCACACAUGUGAUUGCAUCCACAAAUACAGAGGGGGCAUGCACUAGAACACUGAAAGUUCUCAUGGCCAUUCUGAAUGGGAAAUGGGUUCUAACAAUUGACUGGAUAAAGGCAUGCAGGGAGGCCAUGCAACCUGUCGAUGAAGAACCUUAUGAAGUUAGACUUGACAAUCAUGGAUCCUGCGAUGGGCCAAAGACCGGGAGACUUAAUGCCUUGAAUAAUGGCCCAAAACUCUUCCACCAAUUAAACUUCUACCUCGCUGGUGACUUUGUACCUGCCUACAGAAAAGAUCUCCAGAAUUUGAUCGUCGCCGCGGGAGGUACAGUUUGGGGUAGUAAAGAAGAGUUCUUGGAGAUGACCAAGCAACACAAGGAAGGCGGCGACGGAGCUUCGCCAACCACAUUAGUUGUUUACAAUCUCGAUCCUCGACCGGGCUGCAAGUUGGGCGAAGAAGUGCCGAUUCUCUGGGAAAGGCUUAACGAAGCAGAGGAUGUAGCUGCUAGAAGUGGAUCCCAAGUAACUGGUCAUACUUGGCUGCUGGAAUCAAUUGCUGCAUGUCUCGGCUCUGCCUGUGGUUUAGCGCCAAGAACUGUUGCAUACUCUACCGUGCACCAAUCCGACGACGAUACGUGGGAAGCUCAGUUGAAAUGGUUUCUUGUGGGCUGGAUAUAA